AUGACACGAACUACCACCACACGAAGAACCAGAGGACACGAACUACGACCACAAGAAGAACCAGAGGACACGAACUACCACCACAAGAAGAACCAGAGGACACGAACUACCACCACAAGACGAACCAGAGAACACGAACUACCACCACAAGAAGAACCAGAGAACACGAACUACCACCACAAGAAGAACCAGAGGACACGAACUACCACCACAAGAAGAACCAGAGGACACGAACUACCACCACAAGACGAACCAGAGGACACGAACUACCACCACAAGAAGAACCAGAUAACACGAACUACCACCACAAGACGAACCAGAGGACACGAACUACCACCACAAGAAGAACAAGAGAACACGAACUACCACCACAAGACGAACCAGAGAACACGAACUACCACCACAAGACAAACCAGAGAACACGAACUACCACCACAACAAGAACCAGAGAACACGAACUACCACCACAACAAGAACCAGAGAACACGAACUACCACCACAACAAGAACCAGAAAACACGAACUACCACCACAACAAGAACCAGAGAACACGAACUACCACCACAACAAGAACCAGAGAACACAAACUACCACCACAACAAGAACCAGAGGCCACGAACUACCACCACAAGAUGAUUGA